GUCAGAAAAAAAACGCUAUAACCAAUUAGUUAAGUUAGCAUCCCUCUUAGCAUUAGCAUUAGCAUAGCAUAAUCUUGCAUUUUGGCGAUUCUGCGUUCGCUUUCUCAUUUUAAGGUUGACGUUACACUUUAUUAUAUUAUAUUUAGUGGCACACGACUAAUUUUAAUGGUCUGCUUGAAGUUUUUAAACACAAAAUUGACGUGUAGUAUGAGUUAGCUACCCCGUUUGCUUACGUUUCAUUUUUUAAUUCACCCUUGAUCGACACUUAUUUUCCAUCACAUUUCUCGGAUAACGUUGUAUUUUUUUUUUUUUUAUCCCGUUAGUUUAGUUAAAUGCUGGUUCUUUGGUGAAAAAUCACCGACUAAUAAUCCGCACAUUUUGAAAUUAGCCUCAAUUUGUGAUUAUCUUGGCCCUCCCAUUUCUUUCAGUGCAAUUGGACCUAUUUUGACUUCCUUCACGUCUUUAUCAAAGUGUUUGUCAGUCUGCACCCUUUGAACAGAGACAUUCAUGUAGUGUCACAUUUUCUAAUUCAUAUUUCGUCCCGAUAUUCCACACUGACAUGAUUGAUUUGGAGAGAUGUUCUUCCUCAGUGAAGAUGGGUCCAGUAUGACCCGUCACCUUCUGGUCCCACCAGUGUCUUACAGUUCACUGUUUAUCUUCCUCCUCCUUGUCUGAGGUGAAUUCUGAGUCUUUUAUAUAGCCCUGUGUCUCUUUCUCUCACUGUCUCCUUUUCUGCCCUUCUUUUCAGUGCUUUUUAAUCGCCUCCCAUGUUGCCUUUUUCCUCAGUCUAGGCCUAAGUCUGUUCAGUUGCCUGUUGUUGGAUUAUUGUCAUUUUCUUCCGUUUGCUGUGAAUCACCUGUGGGAUCAGUACUGUUGCCUCUCCAUUGCUUCUGUUUUCUUUGUGGAGGCAGCGUUUCAAGAAUGUUCCUCCCUUCCUCAUUGUGUUUCAGCAGAAAAUCAGACAUUGCCCCCUGAGGAGAGGAGGAGUUCCCUCAUCUCAGCCUGAUUUCACUCUUUUCAGAUUCAACCGAUAGAAGAAAUCAAUCUUCCCCAAAAUCCUUCAGAAAAAUAGACUUUUUUUGGCACCUGCUAUAUUCUGUAUCUUGAGUCAUCUGUGCUAAAACGUUUGAAGGCCAGAGAACAAAACCUGCUUGUAUAACACAAUGUCUCAGAAGAACCAAUCAGACGGCAGUCAGAAAGGCUUUGCCGUGGGUCGUGGGCUCCUGGCUGCCGCAGAGACCUUGAACUUCAGCAUGAACGAACAGCGUUCCGGCCCUGCCAGCCGACCGAUGGGCGGCAUGGUCUCAGGCAUGGGGGUUGGCGGCGGUGGGGGCGUGGAAGGCCAGGAACACAGUUCCCAGAUGUCUCGGCGUGGUGGUGGCGGCGGUGGCGGUGGUGGUGGCGGCACCAGCAAUCUUGGCAGCACCAUGAAACUGUUUGCCAGCUUGGGGCUGUCGCCUGCCGACCUGGACGCUCUGGCUCAGAUUCCUGAAGAAAACAUCAGCGUGGAGACGCUGCCGCACAUCCUCAUGCAGCUCAAGAGCCGUAAGGGGGACGCAGGAGAGCGGCGCAUGGCAGCCAACUCCCGGGAUCUGCCUCCCAUGUCCUCUGAAACGUCGUACCGAGGCGGCAGGGAAGACUGGGACGACAUGCACAUUGGGAGAAUGGGCGGUCCUUCCAUGGGGCAAACUUCAGCCCGCGCCUCGCACCCUCCGGACUUUGGUUAUGGUUCCAUGCAGGACGUCCCCAGCUCUCGGGGAUACAAUUUAGAUUACGGCAACAACAACGGUGGUGCUGGCAGCAGAGAAAGGCAGUAUUCAGAGCUUUCCCACCACGAUUCCUACGGUGGGCUCGGCAUGGGGCCCUCGCCGUCCGACCCCGUCUUUAUGCAGAGGAGGAUGGGCUCUCCGUCACACGGAAAAGUCCAAGACUUCUUGGGAGUCAUGCCCCCCAUGUUCCCCCAUGUCUGCUCUCUUUGUGACUUUGACGUGCAUUCCACCAUGGAGUGGAACCAGCACACAAAUGGGCUUCGCCAUGCAGAGAACCGAAGGUUGCUUCUGGAGAUGUAUCCAGACUGGGACCCUGGAAUGUCCUCAAGCAGAGGGGGGCCUCAUCUCAUGGACACACCCAACCUGUCAUCAGGGCUGCUGGGACCUGCACCCAUGGGUCCAGGGCAGCAAUCGGGAGGAAUGCCCUCCAGCUGGGGAGGUGGUGGAGGUCCUGGUCUGUCUGGAAAGAACCAGUCUCACUCUGGACCCAAGAUGAGAAGCCGAGUCGUGGUGGCAAAGUACGACAGGAAGCCGCUCAGCAACAAAAGCCUGUUCGCCUUCGCCGAGCCGUUCGGCUGCCUGAGGGAACAUCUGGUCCUCAAGAACAAGGCAUUUUUGGAGAUGGACACACACCAGGAGGCUUCAGACAUGGUGAACUACUACCAGCAGCAUCCGGCCACCAUGUACGGCAAGCCCAUCACCUUCUACCUGUCCAAGGAGCUGAUGGUGAUCGAGAAAGACGACCGGAAGACGCCACGGCUGGGAGACAGACCCGGCAGGGAGGUCAAAGGUCGCGGCAGCCAGGUGGUGUUUUUCUCCAACCUGCCCAGAGAGGAGGAGAAGAAGAUGGAGCUGCUGACCAUCGCUGGACGCUUCGGCACCGUGGAGAAACACCUGUUCUUAACAGACGAGGCGUUCGUCCAGCUGGGAAACCCUGAGGACGCAGAGAUGCUGGUGAAGUAUUACACGGUGAACCCGCUGACCAUCAAGGGCCGGCCCAUCCGCCUCAACAUCUGCACCAAGUACAAGACGCUCAAUGUGAACCGGAGGAUGGGCCAGGGCAGUUUUGGAGGAAACAGCCGAGGCCGGAGGAGCAGUGGCACGGCCGCCUCCUCCUCCAGCUCUGGAACCAAGUCCUCCUCCAAGAGCUCCUCGUCCAAGUCCUCCUCCAGCUCCAAGGCCAAGGAGGAGAAGAAGAAAGAGGAGGAGGAGGACAAGGCCACGGCGGAGGACAAACACGGCUCAGAGGAGGAAGUGGCCGGGGUGAUGGAGGGAGAGGACAGGGGAGACGAUGAAGAUGAAGAGGAGGAGGAGGAGGAGGAGAUGGAGGAAGAGGAGCAGGGCGAGGAGAACCAGGCGACAGACAGAGACGUGGAGGCGAAGGACGAGGAUCAAACGGCGGCCGAGGAGACGGAGACGACAGGGUCUGCCACCGAGCCGCCGGAGUCCCACGACGCCCCCAGGGAGAAGGACUCUGACGUUGAUGACGCCACCAAAGAGGCAGACAGGGAUGCGGGCAAGGAGGAGCAGGGGGCGGAGCCAGAGGGGCCGGCGCAGAGCGAAGCCUCGCACGAGGACGCGGAGGCCAAAGACGAGGCGAGCGUCGAGCCGGGAGAGAGCUCCGAGCUGAACGAGGGAGAUUUCCCCGGAGACCCGGAGGACCAGGACUUCCUGGAGAACAUGGACGACUUUGUGACGCUGGACGAGCUGGCGGAGGACGAGGACGAGGGCUCCGACACGAUCGAUAAGACGAGGAAAGGGGGAAUGAGGGUGGUCAACAUCGUGGGCUUCAGGCGAGGCUACGGUUUCCUCAACGAGCUGCUGGCUCUGGCCAAACCUUUCGGGAAAGUGGUCAAACAUUUGGUGCUGGACCUGAGACCCGAGGCUUACCUGCAGUUUGCGACGGAGGACGAGGCCAAGGCGAUGGCCAGGUUUUACAACAGUAACGUGACGGCGUCGGUGUGCGGCAGGUCGGUGAGGGUCAGUCACUCCAUGACCUACCCCACCAUCCAGUGCGGCUCCAGUCGGGUCGUGUACAUCGGUCAGAUCCCCAACAUUAAAUACUCGGACGAGACCAUCCUGGAGCUGGCCGAGCCUUUCGGGAAAGUCAGGAAGUAUUUCCUCAACAGGAUCAAGAGAGAGUGUUUCAUCGAAAUGGAGAACGCGGAAGACGCAGAGAGGAUGGCAGAGGAUUACAAAGCAAAUCCACCCAAGAUCCAGGGGAAGCGCCUGACCGUCUACGUCAGCAGGAAGUACAAGCAGCUCAAAUACGGACAUCGGCGUCCCAGCAUCCCCGAGGACAAGAAGCCGCUGAAGAGGGACGGCAGCGGCGCCGCGGCCAAAUCCUCCAAACACAGCGAGGAACCUCCGGCCAAGAAGAUGAAGGAGGAGAAGGAGCCGGCGGCCGAGGAGAAGAAAGAGGAGGAGGAGAAAACGGAGGAGAGGAAGGAGGAGGCGGAGAAGGCCGAGGCGCCCGGCGGAGAGCAGAGGAGUGACGAAGACUCGGCCAAGAAGGAGACGAUUCCUGAAGGCUCGGAGCCGGCCGGCAGCACUGAGGCUGAGGUCAAACAGGAGGAGGAGACGGAGACGGAGACGGAGACGUCGGCCGCUCACAGCAGACAGACGGAGGAGGCGGCGGCGGCGGUGGUGGCGGUGCCCGACACCAAACCGAGCGUGGCGACGCUGCCGCUCGCAGCGUACGACCCCGACACGCCCAUCGGUGUGGAGCACGUGAAGAUGGGCUACUACUGCAGAGUGUGUUUCCUCUUCUACUCCAACGAAGAAACGGCCAAGAAGGUUCACUGCAGCAGCCAGGCGCACUACGACCGGCUCAAGAAAUAUCUGGAAAGGGAGCAGACCAAAACACAAGGCACCAAGAAAGGGAAGAAGCCGUCUGCGUAGCCUCUUCAGCCGACUCAUCAAACCACGUGUGCAUGGAAAUGUUUCAUUUUUGUUCUGGUCUUUUUUUUUUUUUUUUUAAGUUGUUUUGUUUGUUCUCGACGCUCAGCCUCCAUGUUCAUGUUAGGCUUCUUAGAUUUUUAAAAAUAAAUGCUGAAAAAGAAUCAGUU